GAGAACAUGCCUCUCGCGAAGGACCUCCUGCCCCCGUCCCCGGAAGAGGAGGAGAGGAAGAGCCCCAACUCCUACUUCACGGGCGUGAAGUGCCCAGGACGCUACAAACUCACGACCAUGUUCAGCCACGUGCAGACCGUGGUGCUGUCUGGGGGCUGCUCCACCGUCCUGUGCCAGCCGACAGAAGGACAAGCAAGGCUCACGGAAGGAUGCUCCUUCAGAUGGAAGCAGCACUAA